GUUUCUCUUGAUUACGUCAGCGGUUCGACUCUACGUCAUCUCCUAGCCUUUGACAACGUCGGUCGAAGGCAUAAAUGGUAUAUUCUCGAUCAUAUACCUUGAACCUCUUCCUCAUUAUCCUCUACAUUCCCUGCAGUCAAUAGUCUUGACGCACAAACCACCUCAUACUUUCAUACCUACCGGCCAGCUACAUCGCCACCAUGUCCGCCCAACACAAACACAUCGUCGACAUCCUCUCCACCAAGCUCAUCCCCCCUCUCUCUACCAAGCUUCAUAAAGGUCAAGCCGGUCGGAUUGGGGUCUUGGGUGGAUCAGGAGAUUACACGGGCGCCCCGUUCUUCUCCUCCAUGGGAGCUUUGCGAUUCGGUGCCGACCUUGCACACGUCAUCUGCGAACCUAAAGCCGGAGCCGUGAUCAAGACUUAUUCACCCGACUUGAUCGUACACGGAAUCCUGGACCCGAACCGCAGCUUGGAAGAUAUCAAGCAGGAGAUGAAGGGGAUCUUCGAACGGCUCCACGUCCUGAUCAUCGGACCCGGUCUCGGUCGAUCAGAUCACACCCAGAAUUGCGCGAGGGCCGCUUUCGAACUGGCCAAAGAGAGCGAUAUCGGGGUCGUGGUGGAUGCUGAUGGGUUGUUCUUGGUCGCUAACGAUCCUUCGGUCAUCAUGGACUGGCCUGGGACACCUCGAGUCGUCUUGACGCCGAACAUCAUGGAAUUCAAGCGGUUAUGCGAGAAGAUGCAAAUCGACACCAAAGCCGACCCAGACACCCUAUGCCCUCAACUCGCUCGCGCUCUGCAGAACACGACCAUCCUCCAAAAAGGCGCCUUUGACAUCGUCUCCAACGGCUUGGAACUGCCCUCGGCUUUACUCCCCGAGAACCAGCGUAACAGUAAGAAGGGCAAGAGGGAGAUCUUGAAGAACGAGGUCAAGGGUGGUUUGAAGCGAUGCGGAGGUCAGGGAGAUAUUCUGAGCGGGAGCGUCGGGGUGUUGUUGGCUUGGGGUACCGAGUGGGUCAACGGGACGUACGCCGAGGCCGGUCACCCGGCCCCUUCGAAAGAUUCGCAUUUCGGGGAACACCUCGCCCUCCUCGCCGCCUACGGCGGAUCAACCUUCAACCGAACAUGUUCCCGCCGAACGUUCGAGCUCAAGGGUAGGAGCAUGCAGACGCAAGACAUGUUGCCCCUCAUCAACGACGUCUUUGUCGAGGUCUUUGGCGGGGAGGAUGUCAGGAGCGACGAGGCUGCCGAAUAUUUUCAGGACGGUGGAGCCGAUUACAUUCAGUGAGCGAGGAUUGAGGGCGAGGUUGUGAUUUGCAGGAACGAGGUAGACGUAGAGAUGUAUCCGCAGCAGAAAAGUGUAGCACACAUGAACGAGACUAGGACUGCACUGCCCGACCAAUCGAC